GAUGAUGACGUGUUUCCGCUGCGACACCGCAGAAGUUCAGCGCGGGUUCUUGCUAACAUGAAGCCAGUUUGUGAUUAACCAAAUAAACUCUUUAAAUCGUGAUUAUUCUCUAUUUUGAGUUGAUAUUGAGUCUGUAGUGUUGUGUGAAAAUGGCGGACGAUCAGGAUUCCGUUCCUGAGAGAGAAAUGAAGGAUUUUCAGUUUCGUCAUCUAAAGAAGAUUCGUGUGUUUGAUUCACCUGAUGAUUUACCUAAAGAACGCUCCAAUCUUCUCACUGUCUCUAAUAAAUACGGUCUGACGUUUGCUGGCCAAGACCGAAUGCUCAAAGUCUACCGGACCAGAGACAUCCUAGCGGUUGGGCACGUGGAAGGAAACCCUAAUGAGAUAGUGGAAGAUGUAAACGCUGUCACGGUGUCUCUACGUGUGUCCGUGCAUCAUCUGGCUUUGAGUAGCGAUGAGCUCACGCUGUCUGUGUGCGGCACACAAGACUCCACCAAACUCACGCUAGAUUUCUAUGACAUCCGCACCUUCUUCAACGUGUCCCGACAGGAGAAACAUCCCUUCACCUCCUUCAGUCCGUCAGUCGGGUCAAAUGUGGUGCUUCAGGAUCUGAAGUGGAGUCCGGUGGAUGCGAGCUGUCUGGCUCUGUGUCUGUCUGAUGGCUGUAUGAUGGUGUUAGAUGUUCAGGACUCUGUGAAUGUGACCGCUCAGCUGCCUGCGUCUGAGGGCGUAACCUGCGUUUGCUGGAGUCCUAAAGGAAAGCAGGUGUCUGCUGGAAAACAAGAUGCUACAGUAGUUCAGUUCACACCUACCUUACAGGCCAAGAAAGUGAUUCCCUGUCCCAACUUCUAUAAUCAUGAGAGUCCUGCUAAAGUGUUGGACGUGUUGUGGUUGAGCACAUACACUUUUGCUGUGGUGUACGCUGCAGCUGACGGCUCUCUGGAGACUCCACCUGAUCUGGUGAUGGUGUCACUUCCUAAAAAAGACGAUAAGAGAAAGGAGCUCUACAUGAACUUUAAUGACCUGGUGUAUGGAUCCUGUACUGAGAGACAACACCAUUACUACCUGUGUCACAUCGAGGACUGGGAUCUCGUGUUUGCUGCAUCAGCUGCUUCUAUUGAGGUCAGCAUCAUCGCCAAACAACAGGACAAGGUGAACUGGGAACUGUGGUUACUGGAGGACGCCAGCAGAGCCGAGCUGCCCGUCACAGAGAACAGUGAUGACACACUUCCUGUGGGUGUGGCCAUAGAUUACACCAGUCAGGAGGAGAUACACCUGUCUGAUGAGAAGAAGAUUCCUCCAGUCCCUACACUGAUGUUACUGUCUACAGAUGGAGUUUUGUGUCCUUUCUCUUUACUCAACCUGAACCCGGGCGUCAAACCUCUGACUGUGACCGCCAACCCGCUGCCUGUGGACGGAGAAAGAGCGCCAUCCUCCAAGUCUCUCUCCACUCCUGCUGUGUCUGCAGCCACCUCCGCAUUCCCAUCUUUCCCAGUAUCCUCCAGCACAAACCUGCCUCCUGCAACCUUAUCCUUCUCAGCCCCGCCCCCAGCUUAUCACUCCUCCCUAGCUCCGCCUUCAGGCACCACAGCCCCACCUCUGUCUUUUGGCUCCACUACAGCCCCGCCCCCAGGCACCACAGCCCCGCCCCUGGCUUUUAGCUCCACUGCAGCCCCGCCCCCCACAGGUUUUUCCUUCUCUCGUCCUGGUCUGGGCUCCGCCGCCCCCUCUGUCUUCUCCGCUUCAAAUUUCUCCUUCAGCGCGCCCAAGUCCUCCUCUGAUGCUCCUGCAGCACCUGCCUUCUCUUUAAGCUCUCUGAAGGAGGUCAGCAGUGCUCAGGCAUCCACUCCACAGCGUAUCCCCACAGCUUCUCCCAUCAUCAGUGCUCCCAAAACACCAGCUGAGCCCAGCACACCGGUGGUCAGAACGAACCUCACUGACAGGUUUUUGGCAGUGGAGACUCCAGCAUCGACAGGGCAGCCAUUUUCUCUGACCUCCACCCCUAAACCACCUGCAUCAGACUCCAACAGUCAGACAGCAUCAGUGGUCAACAUCAGCAGAGCUCCUGCAGUUGUGUCACAGGCCGCUCACAGCAGAGCACCUCCAUCCGCUGUCCAGAAAACACCUGCGGCCGCCCCUCCUGCAUACAGUGCUGCGUCUGCGCAGUCCGUAUCUGUGAAAGCUCUGGAGAAACAUCUACAGCAGAAGAAAGAUUCAGAUCCGGUCAUGGCAGGAAUCCUGGAGGAGAUCGAACACUUUCAGAAAGAGUUGGAUGAGCUGAAGACUCGCUCUAGAGGCUCAGACUUUAAAGUUGGCAGUACAGAUGAGAUGAAAGAGCUCAGGAGAGAAUCUGAGAACUUAAACUCCUUCACACUGGAGAUCAGAGACACCACUGAGUCUGUACAUGGAGACAUUAGUCUGUUGAAGACCAGUCUGCUGGAGGGGUUUGCUGGAGCAGAAGAAGCCAAAGCUCAGAGUGAACUCAACAGAGAUAAAGAUUAUCUACAUCUGCUUUAUAAGAAACCACUGGACCCUCGACGAGAGGAACAGCUCAAGGAGAUCCGUCGCUUGUAUCAGUAUGUGAAGUUUGCCAUGGAGGACGUGAAUGAUGUUUUAGACCUGGAGUGGGAGAAACACUUGGAGAAGAGAAAGAAGCAGAGACAUCUGAUCGUACCAGAGAGAGAAGCUCUGUUUACGGCUCUGGUGAACCAUCUAGACAUCAUCAACCAACAGAAACAUCGUCUAGAUCAGCUGAUCAAUGAUCUGCACAAACUGAGACUCUACAGACGGACAUCGGUGUGGAGUUACCCCAGUCAGACCUCAUCCACACCUUCAGAAGAGAGUUUGGACAGUGAGCUGGAAAGUUUGAAAGACGCUCUUCUGAAAGCCAGUCUGGAUAUGACACCCAAUACCUCGGCUAAAUCACCAUCUAAAAUGACUCCAGCGAAGCAGACGCAGCUGAGGAACUUCCUGUCUAAGAGACAGAUGCCACCGGUGCGCUCCACAGCUCCUGCGAAUCUGUCUCGCUCGGCGUUCCUGUUCCCUCAGUAUUUGGAGGAGUUGGAUGAGGUGAGCUCCAGUUCUUCACUGUCUCAACCCUUCGAGCCCGAGGAGUCGCUGGCUGUGGCAGAGGAAGAGGAGGAACGGGGGCCCGUCCCGAUCAUGGCUCCCUCAGUCGCGCGGCACCCCGCUGUGGUCAGAACUCCCUCCGUACAGCCUGGCUUUGGUAUGCAGUCUGCUGCGUUCAGCCGGCUCCAGACCGGUCCAGUGCCCAUCAUUAACCCCGGUCCUAAAAUAAAUAAGGACAGUGCAGACAGCACAGCAUUAGCCACAAAAACAGUAAAACACGGAGCUCCGCCCACAGAGAAGACCACACCCACUACUCUCCCCGCCCCUCUGGCUGCAGGAAAAGCUGCUCUCACCAGACACUUGACCAGUCUGAAAACAGGAGCUCCUCUGACCGAGUCGACUCUGAAGGUCGUUCCUCAGGUGGUGAACGUUCAGGAGCUGAGAGAUGAAGGUCCAUCUGUACCCGUCUCUACUGUCAUCAGCUCAUCUGUUCCAGCACCAGCGGCUCAGGUGGUCCAGCAGGUUUUGGCUACAGUCGAGGCGAGUAAAAAUUCAUUUCAAGGAGGAUUAAAGGUCCCAUCAGCGUCUCUGUCAGGAGCUCCUCAGACCACAUCAGCAGGUUUUGUGUUUGGUGGAGCAGCUAAACCUGACACAGUUGUGACUUCAUCAUCUGUCACUGACAGAAACACAAAAACUCCUUCAAACUUCCCAUUCUCUGCAGCAUCUGGAUUCAGUUUUAUGAGUACCUCUCAAUCACAGGACAACAACAACACUCAAGCUAAGAGUUCUGGUUCUCCAGCCAAGUUCUCCUUUACCAGCACUACUGCACCCAAGAUGUCAUUCGGCCCAGCCGGAUCCGAGGACUCAUUUUCCUUUGCUCCCAAACUGGCAUCUCCUGCACAGAGUUUAAGUUCCUCCACGCCGCCUCCAGGUGCGUCUGAGCCAAAUAAACUCUCACAGGCUCCCAAAUCCCAGGGCGGUCCCGGAGAGACCCUCGGCUGUUUCUCUGGUUUACGAGUGGGUCACGGUGAAGAAGUAAAGGACGCCCCCAAAACAACCAUUGGUUUUAGCUUUGGACCACCCGGUAACGGACCUACAGGAUUCACGUUUGGCUCUCCUCAGGUUAAGCCAGCGGACGGUGGAGAUUCACUUAAUUCAGCGGGUGCCACAGCGGAAGUUCCUAAGACGACUACAUCACAAGCGCUCGGCUUACCUGCGUUCUCCUUUAAACCACAAGAGGGAACGACUCUCUUAACAAAACCAACUUUCACAACAGUUCCAGCGACAUCGUCUCUUCCUCCAGCGCCCACCUCUUUCAGCAGUCUUCUGCGAGCACCUCUGUCCGAGACCACCAAUGUUUCAGCAAAAUCUCAACAGCCCGAGUCUUCUUCAUCAACUGAGUUACCUCCUCCUGCUGUUUCUGAAGAUAAAGAACCCCCAGCAGAACCCAGUCUUGAUCCCCCAAACUUCAGUAGCCCAACAACCACAUCUGCCAAUGAAGGGCCAACUCCUUCCCAACCUACUAGUACCCAUACCACUGUUACACCUACUGACAAGCCCCCGGUGUCUUCCACCCCUGCCCCUGAGGUCACGACCACAUCUACUCCUAUUGUUACCCCACCAGUCGAGGUGACGCCUGUUGCCAAACCCCCUGCAGAACCCAUCUCUACUCCUGCCCCUGAGGUCACCACCGUUCCCACAACUACUCCUGCACCUCCAGAACUCCCAGCGCAAGUCACAUCUUCAGACAAACCAGGCUCAAUUUUUGCCCCGCCGUCGGGUGGCACAGAUGGUCUAACAUCAUUAGGAGCCAUCAGUCUCACCCCAGCUGUCAGUACGUCGGCUCCAUCUGCUCCUCAGAAUUCAUCGGUGACCAGCACCUCGAGCGUAGCUCCUACCCCAGUAUUCGGUCAGCCCCCUUCCUCCGCUCCCACUUCAGCGUUCGGAUCCACGGGCUUUGGCAGUUCCAGCACCUCUGGCUUUGGCAAGCCUGCGUUCGGACAGACUCCCGCUGCUGGUUUUGGCCAGCCCGCUACUUCUGGUUCUGCUAGCGGCUUCUCUUUUAACCAGUCGUCGUUCAGUGCCGGUUCUGGUUUUGGGCAGCCGGCCGCACCUGCGACCGCUACGCCGGCGUCCGGCAGUGGAGGAGGAUUGUUUGGAUCAUCUACUCCCAACAGUUCCUUCUCUUUUGGAGCUGCGGCCACCAAUCCUGCCACCAGUACAGGCGGAGGGCUCUUCGGUCAGACCAGUACUCCCGCGUUCGGACAGCCCAGCGCAGGUUUCGGACAGGGCUCUAUGUUCGGCAGUAACACGACUACAGCGUCCUCUACUGGAUUCGGCUUCGGACAACCAUCAGUGUUUGGCAGUAGUACAGCAGCUCCAUCAUCUGUGUUUGGUCAGCAGUCCAGUGGUUCUGGUGUUUUCGGUCAGACUCAGUCUGGUGGUGGUUUGUUCGGUUCAGCUGGAGGAAACGCAUCAUCUGGUUCUGGAUUCUUCAGCGGUCUCGGUGGCAAACCCAGUGAAGACGCCGCCAACAAAAACCCAUUUGGGUCAACAAAUACUGGAGGCUUUGGUCAGGCUGUCAAUACAGGUUCUGCCGGUCUGUUUGGGAGCAAUAAAGGUUUCGGUGUGAGCAGCAGUUCAUUUGGUGAACAGAAACCCAGUGGAGCGUUCAGUACCGGUGCCGGAUCUGUGGCCCAACAGGGCUUUGGCUCAUUCUCAACACCUACAAAACAAGAAGGUUUUGGAAGUGCUCCCGUGUUCGGCAGUCCUCCUACCUUCGGCGGCUCACCGGCAUUUGGAGGUCCGUCCAGUUUUGGCUCCGCCCCUUCUUUCAGCAGUCCAUUAGGCUCCACCUCUUCAGGAAAAGUCUUUGGAGAGGGCACAGCAGCUGCGAAUAUGGGCGGGUUCGGGUUCGCCUCUCCUCCUAGUGCGUCCUCAUUCGGCAGUCUAGCCAAUCAGAGUUCUGCUCCAUCAUUUGGGAGUUUGGCGCAGCAGCAACAACAGCAGCAGCAGCAGGCACCAUCAGGGUUUGGUGCUCCUCCGGCCUCUGGAUUCUCUGCUUUCGGCUCAUCUGCAGGUUUCGGAGGUUUCGGGAACACAAACACAAACCAAAACACAUGAUGUUGCUGAAUGAAAGCAGUGGCAGACUAAUGGUCUCCAGCUCAGACGUUCAACAGUUGGAGAAGUUAAUGAUUUUUCCCAGUGCCAUUUUACCCAGAGAGACAUUGAAAAUGAUUGAUUUUAUUUUGUAUUUCCAGGUUUUUGUUGAAAUAUUACUCAGAGGUUUUGACAUCUUUUAUGUUUUCCGACUCUGUUCUGUUCUGUUUUAAUCUGCAAGAUUAAAAAUAAACUCAUACGCUGUUGACAGUCAUGAGAAA